AUGGCCGACAAGCAGCAGCAACAACAGGUUUCCCCAGGCACGCCUGCGGCGACGAACGCCGUUCCAGCUGCCGCCGAAGACUCCCCUGCGACGAUGGCGGAAUACAAGAAAUGCCUCCAGAGAGUUCGCGAGAUGACCGAGCGUCGUAGGAGGACGGAGCGGCAACUCCAACAAAUCGAGGAAGCGAUCGCACAAAAGGAAGCUAUGUAUCUAGAGAGCACGCCAAGUGGAAACAUCAUUACCGGCUUCGAUAAUUAUAUGAAGGGGCAAAGCGGCGCGGCAGCCCAAAGACGUAAAACCGGCCCUAUGGAACAGAACCGUGUGUUCUCCAGGUCCUCCAUUUCAUACAAGCCAAAUACCGACGGCACGCCGGGAUCGACGCCAGCCUCACACGCUCCCACACCAGUAUCCGGCUCGUUUAGCGGAACAGCCACGCCAACGACGGCAGGCGGGAACAGCAAGAAGAAGAAGAAGGCGGCCGAGGCAGAAGACAGCGAAGCAGACGUGCCACCGGCGAAGAAGAGGAUCAACCUUGGAGCAUCCAGGAAGUAA